AUGGAACCCCCACAAAAUCCUCCCCUUCAACCCAGUUCUGUAGACGACGAUUACAAUUGGGAGAACAUCAUUGAUACACCUCAUAUCAAUGAUGACAUCAGGUCCGAUUCCUCGGGAGAUCAAUAUGCUACUCAUCAAAAAUUGCUUCGACAUGCCAAAGCCCGAGCCAGGCUCCAAAGCAAGUGGAAGGCUGUUGAAACAAAACUCACCGCAACUUACCUCCACCUUCAACAACAUACACGCAAUUGGACCAAAGCAGACUCGUAUCUAGGCACCGGCUCUCCUCAGCACCCUCGCACUGCCUUCACGGUCCGGCUUGUUCAAUUUCAACAUCAUCUGUGGAAUUACACAGUAAUAUCAACCUCGGGAUUCAUUGAUGCACUGAUGGCAUUUCUGGACGAUCAAUGCCAUUCAAGAUUGUCACCUCAACAGCUCAAGGGCAAAUACAAGAAGAAUUUGAAUCGUAGCCUUAGACGUCCUUUCACUCAGACAAUAGAUAUAUAUCGUCAAAUCCUAUAUCAUCAACAAAAGGUUAAUGAAGGAUGUGGACUUUGGCUUCAAAAAAGAUAUCGAAACACUGUCGACGUUCUGAUGCAAGCUCAAUCCGCACUCACCACACUCUUUGGGAUGGCUAACCCAAACCAACCUGGUGAAACUUACACGGCUGCUUUGUUCCGUGGGCAGUGGACUUUGGAGAGGGAAGCAUACAAAAGUAAACUAGUAGUCAUGCAGCAGCAAAAGCUGAAGCUUGGUCGACUAUUAUCCUUACAAGAUGAGCUGAUCGCUGAAUGGUCAAAGCCAGUACUUACAGCGGAACAGACCAUUAUCCGGCUUCGAACAACAGCUGAACUCGAAGAGAAAAUUGCCAAGCAGGUCAAAAAAGUUGGCACAGCAGAUGUACCAGUAUGCGAUAAGGAGAAAGAAGCCUUCUUGAAGCUGUGGUACAGCAAGCAUGAAGUUGGACUCAAGUAUGUCGCCAUAUGUGAGGAAAAGCGACCACUUCAACAGAGUCGCUCAGAUGGACAUUCAUCAAACUUAGUAUCACGCCGAAUAUCCAGAUUGUCAGCUGCCUGCAGACAUCGAUUACAACCAAUUAUUUGA